AUGGUACAAUUAUCUGACGUUGAAUUAUUCGAAGUGGCUUUACUGGAUGCAUUUAUUCGUAAUGGACAUCUUCCACCAAACACAGGAAUGAAUCACACCACGAAUAAAGCAACUUUCAAUCGAUAUUUUACCAUAAAACUUGAUGACAAUCGUCUAAUCUUUCAUAUUGGUCGUGCGGUAUUAAAUGAUCCAAAAUCAGUACAAACAUUUUUACAAGUUUUUCGUGUAGUCCAACCAUUUCCUAUUACACAAUAUUUUGAAUUUCAUCUUCAAGCUUUAACUCAAGAAUUAGCAAUGACAUACCAUAAUGGGGAUAAUACAGGUAGACUCGAGCAUCCAUCCGAGCGAAUUUACACAUUGGACUUGACACGAUAUCAACCUCACGCAAAUGUUACUCGCAUUGUUCACGCGUUUCAUGAAAGAAGCAAAUCCUCGCCAGGUCGUCUUCAACACUCGAAAAAAUCGACGAAAAAUGCAUUCUUGGAGGUUUUGUCUGAUACGAAAAAGUUUGUCGCCGAGCAUCCAGUCUUGGUAGUGGGUACUACUGUUUCUUUGGUUACCAUUGUUUUGUUGCCAUUUUUGUUCCCAGCCGGUGUCACCGCACUCGCUGCUCCUGCUAUGUACGGAAAUUUUGCCGUUACUUGGGAAUCAUUAUAUAAUGAUAAAGUAUCUACAGAAGAGAUUAUUGCUACUUUACGAUCAAUCGGUGCUUAUCAAUCAUAUGUAUAUUAG